UGUUUCUGUUUCAGCUGUGCAGCCAGGUCUAGCUGGCUAAGAUUCACUGUGCCCCACUCUCAGGUUGUGACACUCAUACAGGAAUUUCUGGUCCUGGCUGUGUGAUGAAAACCAAGUGUGAGAUGAAAUCAUGACUUACCGUGCGCACAGGGCAAGCUGGAUAUACCCGGGGGUUCACAUGCAUCAGCCAAACGAGGAGGAGGAGGAAAACGCAGAGCACUUAGGAGAAAAUGAGCUAGAUUCCUUAAGGUGGUACCACGAUAAUCUCUCUCGACAUGCAGCUGAGGCACUUUUACUUACAAAUGGCCAGGAUGGGAGCUAUCUGCUAAGGAAGAGUGAAAAAGAAGUCAAUCAUUACUCGCUGUCAGUACGGGCCAAGGAUUCAGUCAAACAUUUUCAAAUACAUCAUUGCGGAGAUUCAUACAAAUUUGGCUUCAAUGAAUAUUCAUGUUUAAAAGACUUUAUUCAACAUUUUGCUAACCAGCCUUUAAUUGGAAGUGAAUCAGGCACCCUGAUUUUACUGAAACACCCUUAUCCUCGUGAGGUGGAAGAGCCUUCAAUAUAUGAAUCUGUUCGGGUUCACACAGCCAUGCAGACCGGACGCUGUGAAUCUGACCUUGUAGCAGUUGCACCCUCGCUUGGUACUAAAGAAGGCUACCUUACCAAACUUGGUGGACGUGUAAAGAACUGGAAAACCAGGUGGUUUAUACUAAAUCGAAAUGAACUUAAAUAUUUUAAGGACCAGAUGAAAGAUUCCAGGAACAAUAUAACAAAAUUAUAUCUGAAGCAAGAAAAGAUGAAAUCAUAUCAUCAGAAGAAAGCAAAUUCUUAACAGUAAUCAACCAAAAAAUUGCCACAUUUUACAUCAUACCAAAAAUCCAUAAAAAUCCAAACAUUCUCCCAGGCCGUUCGAUAGUCUCAGGUAUUAAUAACUUAACAGAGAAAGGUAGUCAAUACAUCGACUAUAGACUCAGAGAAUUUGUGACACAAUUACAAUCUUUUGUGAGAGAUACUAUGGAAUUACUACAUCACUUGGAUAGCAUCCAAAUGAAAAAUGAGAGACUCUUAGUUACAGCAGAUGUCCAAGCUUUAUACACCACCAUAGAUCAUACAUUGGGUAUAGAAGCAGUAAAAAGAUUCCUGAUUUCAUCAUCAAGAGAAGAAAAAUUACACUACUGUUUCAUACUACAAUUAUUAAACUUCUUACUCAACCAUAAUUAUUUUGUUUUUGAUCAACAAUUCUACUUACAAACAAGGGGGACAGCAAUGGGGAUGGCAUGUGCACCAACACUUGCCAACCUCUUCUUGGAUGGUGGGAAAAGCAUACACUCUUUUUGGAUGAAAAUGCAGAAUUUAUAAACCACAUCCCUCUAUGGAUAAGAUACAUUGAUGAUGAAUUCUUCAUUUGGGAAGGUUCGUCUGAAACCCUCAAGCAAUUCCUCAAUCAGUUAAAUGCAAAUAAUUUAAAUAUUAAACUUGCCUGGGAGUAUAACUACAAUGAAGUUACACAAUGAAGUUACCUUUUUGGAUUUAAAAAUCUGAAAAGAUGAAUCAGGAAUUAUACAGAUGGACAUAUAUAGAAAAAAAACAGCCACGAACAAUAUCCUACACUCCACCAGCGUUCAUUCACCACAUACGGUAAAAUAAUUACUAAUAGUAGAAUUCCUAAGAGUCAAGAGAAACUGCUCUGAUGCUGAAACAUAAAAUUUGAGCAGAUGAACUGCAACAAAGACUGAGACAAAGAGGUUACAGCAAUCGCUGGAUAAAAAAAGCAAGACAAAGAGCAAAUGUCACUAGCAGACAGGAACUAUUACAAAAAAAGAACAAAAUAAAAGAUGAACAAGAUUAAUAGUCACCUAUUCCCUCCACACUCAACAAGUAAUCAAUAUUUUACAAAAACACCUAAAGAUUCUAAGAGCAGACCUUCUUCUCAAUCAAAUCAUAGGAGACAAAAUCCAGGUAGGAUACAGGCAGACCAAAAAUCUGAAAGAUAUAUUAAGUCCAAGUCACUUUGUCAAAAGGAAGACAACAAUUAACCCAAUAGCAAAAGAUAACUUCAAAUGUAGAAAUUGUUCAAUCUGUAAACAUAUGCAAACCAUCAAAUUAAUAACUGACACAUUUGGAAAGGUACAUAAGAUACAGACAUAUCAACUUCAACACAGAGGUGUCAUAUAUGCAAUUAAAUGAAAAUGUAAUUUACAUAGGAAUGACCUCAAGAAAAUGAAGUGAGGAUGUUAGAACACUUGAGUGAUAUAAGGAGGGCCAACAAGGAUAAAAAGGAAACGAAAAACAAGUGUAGCAUCCCAUUUCCUUACUUGCCAAAAGGACAAAACUAUUGAAUUCCAAUGCUUUGGCAUAGAAAAAAAUAACAAUGGGAAUUAGAGGUGGAUAUCUGGAACAAACCUUAUUAAGAAAAGAAAGUCGCUGGAUUUAUCUGAUGAACCUAGUACAACCAGAAGGCCUCAAUGAAAAAAACAACUUUUUUACAUACCUGUAAAUCCAUUUUACAUAAAAGUAGAACUUCCAUCUAAACUUACAUACAACAAAGUCAGACUUAUGAGAAAAUGUUGUAUCCGUGAUAUUUAAAGAAAAAUGAGCAACAUUAUUAAAAGUACAGGAUUCAUAAUGAUAUUACAUUUGGCCACUAUUACAAUAAUAUAUAUAAACUUAAAUGUCAUGUCGCCUUGUGAUCUGAAGAACUUUAAUAAACACUGAACCAUUUCCCCAA